CCAUCCUCAUACCACCAACACCACCAGCUGUUCGCGAUCCUCACAGCGCAGAUCCGCGACAGCUCCAGCUCCUCCCAAUCCUCCCUCGCCACCCGCUUUGACCCAGCUCGCCGGCCUGCAGGUCAUCGGCAGUCGAGCACAGCAGCGCGCGCGCCCAUUGGCUGAUAGGCGCUGGGAUAGACGGGUUAGCAGGAAGGCUGUUGAUCUCGCUCCCUGCCUUCCGAAAGUCAUUUCGAGCGCCCGGCUGUUACCAAUCAAAUCUCCCUGCAGCUCCAAACUGGGCCUCCCACUGCUGUCUCCAGCGCCAGCACUGCCAGACCUCACCUCUGCUGCAGUCCGCAACCUCCUGUGCGUGAACGUCUGCACGCGAGCGGCGUACCUGCCUCCCCUCCACCCCAUUGCCUGCGAGUGUGGACCCGACCGACUGCGAGCCUCGUCGACCACCGCCCACCGCCUCCGAGACGCGACGACCCGACGCAAUCUGCGAACGCCUCCGCCUGCCGACGCUCGCCGCGCGAAAGGAGCGGAGAGUGCACCGUCUCCAUUGCGCUCCAUUCAUUGUCCGCGCCCACGACUGCUCGACGUGCGAGACAGCUGUCCGCCUUGACGCUUGCUGUCAUUGACGAGUUCUCGACGUAUAUCCCUACUGCACUAGCACCUACCCGCACGCACUCGCGCGACCUCGAUCGCGCCCCAUCGCAUUCAUUCCCCUUCCUCGACACAUACAUCGCGCCACGGCCGUGCGCGCACAACCGCCAUCAUGGGGUGUGGACAGAGUUCAGAGUCCAAGGAGGGUAAGCAACGAAAUGAGGAGAUCGAGAACCAAUUGAAGCGGGACAAGAUGAACCUGCGGAAUGAGAUCAAGAUGCUGCUCCUCGGCGCUGGUGAAUCAGGAAAAUCGACAAUUCUCAAGCAGAUGAAGCUCAUACACGAGGGAGGCUACUCAAGAGACGAGCGAGAAAGCUUCCGGGAAAUCAUCUUCUCAAACACAGUGCAAAGUAUGCGCGUGAUCUUGGAGGCCAUGGAGAGCUUAGAACUGCCAUUGGACGAUCAACGAGCCGAAUACCACGUGCAGACCAUUUUCAUGCAACCCGCACAAAUCGAAGGCGACGUGCUACCUCCCGAAGUCGGUCAAGCAAUCAAGACUCUGUGGGCUGAUGCCGGCGUGCAAUCAGCGUUCCAGAGGAGUAGGGAGUACCAGCUGAACGACUCGGCCAAGUACUACUUCGACUCCAUUGACACAAUCGCGUCACCGACGUACAUUCCUUCCGACCAGGACGUGCUGCGGUCGCGUGUCAAGACAACGGGUAUCACAGAAACGACAUUCAUCAUCGGCGACCUCACAUAUCGCAUGUUCGACGUUGGUGGCCAAAGAUCGGAACGGAAAAAGUGGAUACACUGCUUCGAGAACGUGACGACAAUCCUCUUCCUGGUGGCAAUAUCAGAAUACGACCAACUUUUGUUCGAAGACGAGACCGUGAACCGAAUGCAAGAAGCUUUGACACUCUUCGACUCGAUUUGCAACAGCCGAUGGUUCACCAAGACCAGCAUAAUUCUAUUCCUCAACAAGAUCGACCGCUUCAAGGAGAAGCUACCCGUGUCACCCAUGAAGAACUACUUCCCGGAUUACGAGGGAGGUCAGGAUUAUGGCGCCGCAUGUGACUACAUCUUGAACCGUUUUGUCUCGCUCAAUCAACAUCCUACCAAGCAGAUCUACACACACUUCACGUGCGCGACAGACACCAUGCAGAUACGAUUCGUCAUGGCUGCUGUGAACGACAUUAUCAUCCAAGAAAAUCUGCGCAUGUGCGGGCUGAUAUAAUCGGCCUUUUUUCGAUGCAUGAAUGCGAGACCUUGGAACCCCGGGAGCGGCGAAGAGAUGAUGAUCGUCGCCACUUUUACUGGGGAUGUGUGCGCUACGGACAUUGUGGUUCGCAACAGUACGCAUGGCAUGCCACGCAGAAAUGGGAGAGUGUAGAAACAUGAACAGCAACGACGCGCGGACAUCGACACAUUUCUGGGACGCUGUUUUUGCCGCUACUGCUGGCCAUUACAAAGAUUGCGCGACAUAUAUCAAACACGGGGAGGGGGGGUUUUCCACUGGAUGGGCGAAAGAAGGACUGUAUUUCUUUGAAACGGCAACGAGGUGCGAGAAGGGGGGGAGAGAAGGAGUCAGUGACGGCCGCGCUGAAGACGGAGGCAGCAGACAGCGGUGGCGGUGGUCAAGUCAGGUCAGGUCAGGGCGCAAAGGGCAUGAUAUGAUCCAUCUUCUCACCAAUCAUCAUCAUCGUCAUUAUCAACAUCAACUUAUCUAUCAACUUCGAAACCAAUUACCU